UCCCCCUAACACACAACCUAAGUAAAGUAUUUCCCUCUCUUCUCUUCUCAACAAACUUACAAACCCAAACAAAACAAUUUUCACUUUCAAAUUCCAAUCAUUAUAAACUCUCCCUCUCUCUCUCUAUCUCUCUCUCUCUCUGUUCAUCACAAACAUACAAUUCUUUUUUCAACAUACCCACAUGCUCAAACUAAUCCUUCCCCUUGCUUCCGCCACCCUUUUCCUUCUCCUCCUAAUCACCAUCUUCCUUCUUCGCCUUAAGCUCUCUAAAAAUCACGACAUCGAGAAAUCCUCCACCACCCGCAACAACAACAACACCAAAACAGACCACACCCCCCCUCCGCCCCCGCCCGAGCUCACCACUUUUGAGGGCGGCGAAGAUUUGACCAUUGACGAGAUUUUAGAGGCUCCCGGAGAAGUGAUCGGAAAAUCCCACUACGGAACUCUCUACAAGGCUGUCUUACAGACCACCCAAACCAUCCGGCUACUUAGAUUUCUCCGGCCAGCCGCUGCCGGAUGUGACGACCAACACGACCUCGUUCGGCUCCUGGGUUCGGUUCGGCAUCCGAAUUUGGUUCCGUUGCUGGGAUUCUACGCCGGUGGGAGAGGUGAGAAGCUUUUGGUUCAUCCGUUCUACGAACAUGGGAAUUUGGCGGAGUUCAUUACAGAUAAGGAAUCAAAAAACGGGGUGGUGAUUUGCAAAAUCGCCAUUGGAAUCGCAAGAGCUCUACAUCAUCUUCACAACGGAUUACAAAAACCAAUCCCCCAUGGAAAUCUCAACUCCAAGAACGUUCUUCUCGAUCAAAAUUUCCACCCCCACGUCUCCGAUUUCGGCCUUCAUCUCCUCCUCAACUCCCCCGCAACUCGACAAAUGCUCCAACUUUCCGCCUCCUCUGGCUACAAGGCCCCAGAACUUAUCAAUAUGACCGACGCUGAUGAACUCACCGACGUCUACAGCUACGGAAAGAUCUUGCUCGAGUUGCUGAUGUCCUCCAAAGACCCAACGGUUCGAAACCCGGCUGCCACCGGUGAUUCCGGCGUCUCUCAAGAGCCGAUUCUCCAAUGCCUUGUUCAGAUCGGAGAGGAUUGUUGUCGUUCUUCGCCCAAUCUUCGGCCGGAUUUCAGGGAAGUGAUUGCUAAGAUUGAAGAAAUCGGAAGAAUUGAGAUGAAUUAACUCAUGAAUUUACUUUUUUGGGGAUGAGUUUGGAGCAAUUGAUCUUUUUUUUUAAAAAAAAAUUAUUUAAAAUCAUUUUUGUUAAUUUUUUUUUCUAUUUAUGAAUUGGUUUAAAUGUAUAUAUAAAUGAGGGAUAUGAUAAAUCAUUACAGAGUUUUGAUUUGAUUAAUUAAAAUCAAUUAAUUUAAUUUAUUCAAA